CCCUCCAACUUCUUUUUAAACUAAACCUGCGCCGCCCACACUUUUCACGAUUCGUGUGGAUUUCUUGGAAUUUUUUUGCCCGAGACAAAGAAAAAGUCGUCUCUCUCACACGCGAAAUUUCGUUGAUACUUCCUUCUUUGGAUCUGUUUCUAUCCGUAGAAUUCUCCGUUCUUGUUAACUUGUUUUGUCCGGCAAUGCGAUAUCAGAGUCUCUAGAUCGAAUUGGUUUGGAUCGGAUAUUAGGGCUUUCGUGUAGGUGAUGAUGACGACGACGAUGGAGAACGGUGGCCCUUCGAAUUUGGCGGGUAGCGGUAACGAAGAGGGGGAUGAGUACGACGGGGGAGAUUUUAUGGAGAUAGAUCUCGAAACCAUUAUGCAAGUCCUUAACGAGGAUACUAAUCCGAGUACUCCAGAAGAUUUAUCAUUUAAUAAUUUGUCGAAAUCUGGGUCAACUCCUGAUGUCAGCCAGUAUGAGAACUCUCUGCCGCAAAUAGGAUAUCAAGUCUUAGAUUGUACACUACCAUUAGGGGCUGACUCAAAAGAUUAUGCUACAUUGAACCUUCCAUAUAAUUCAGAGUCACUUGAUGCUAGGAGUGCUGGUUUAGGUGGUUCAUUAGAUUCUUUAGAAGAUGCCGGUGUCGUCUUUGAUCAUCAGAUGUUGGAAUCCUCAGCCCCGAGGGGCUCUCCUGUGCAUACCUACCAUGUUGAAGGAAAUUAUUUAGCUUUUACAGGGAAUCAUGAGACAGAAAUGUUUAGAGUAUCUCAAUUUGAGGUACCCAGUUGCAGUGCGGCCUCUAAUUUUUCCAUUGGAGAUGCUAAACAUGUUUCAGCUCAUGCAGAUAAUAUUGAUAUUAACAUCUCAGAUGCUGGAACUGGGUUUCAAUUCAGUCAUGCAGUUGGGGCAGUUCCUUCCAAAUUACUUGUAGAUGCUGCACAGAGCCCCGUGAUGUGGGAUUUUGAUGGAAAUUUCAGAUGCUAUGAUGCAUCUGCUGAAAACAGCUUGGGAACACUGGGAGGACCAGAAACAGAAAGUGAUAAACCUAAUGAGAUACCUUUCACGGAUGCUGAUAUGUCUCCUCAUACCAUGACUUCUGCUGACUCUACUCUGUGCCAUAGGUCUGAUUUUGCCAGUGAGUUCAAUGAUCAUCAUUUGAGCAUGCAGUACUACAUGAAUACAGAUGAUUUGGCCUUGUCUGAUUACACUCAGCAUUGUUUGCUUCAUAGUUCCAGUUUGCAAGCUUUUCCUAGUACAGAAAGAAGUGUGACCAAAACAAAGGAGGAAUCGGGAGAGUUUCCAACAGAAAGUGCAUACUCAACUAGCAAGAUAUGGAGUGCUCCAGAAGGAAGUACUAGUACUUCCGUAUCAGAGAUAUCAAAGGUGGACUACUGGGCUGUGAACAGCCAGAAUUUCAAAUCUGAAGAUAGCAAUUAUGUUUCUCCAUUCUGUCAAAAUUCUUCAUUUGACACGGAUGGUAGAUUAAUUGAUGACAAUGUAUGCGUGAUGACAAGGCCAGUUUUUGGUGUAAAGAAUGAAAAGUAUGAUGAAAUUGUAGCGUCCAGUAGCACAAUGUGCCACUCUGUUCCAAUGAUUGAUGAAACUAUUGGUAAAAAUAUUUCUUAUGGCAUUAAGGACUUGAAGCAGCCAUUCCCUGGUACUUCGCCUUUUAUUUCGAGUCAGGAACUCAUGGCUUGCCCAAAGUUUGAGAAAGAAGACAUGAUUGUCCAAUCAAGCAGAGGGCUUGUGGGUGAAAUUGCUGUUACAUCUCCCAUUGGUGGUGCAGGCUUUGAUUUAAAUGCCAUGGAGCAAUAUUUUCCCUGUCCUCAGCCAUUCACUUCAGAUGACUGGUCGUCCGGUUGCAUUAAGAAUGACACAAAGGGUAAAUUGAUUCAACCCAAGUGUUUGAAUCCUCACCUUUCAAAGGUCAGCCCUGAAUCAAUUCAGAGUAAUUCUUCAGAUAACAAGUCUCAAGUUGAUAAUGAUCCCGAUAUAUGUAUUCUUGAAGAUAUCAGCCAACCUGCCAAAACUAUUUUUUCUCAAGUACUUGUUAAAACUGCUACUACUUUGCCACCUUCUACUUAUGGUGAUUCGCCUAACUACAACGGAGAUAUGAGCACAAGACUUAAGACAAACGAUGAGAGAUUAGUUUUUCGAGUUGCAUUGCAGUAUCUUUCUCAGCCAAAAUGUGAAGCUAGUCCACCAGAUGGUGUUUUGGCAGUACCUCUUCUGAGGCAUCAGCGAAUCGCCUUGUCAUGGAUGGUUCAAAAGGAGACAUCGAGCCUGCAUUGUUCUGGAGGAAUUCUCGCGGAUGAUCAGGGAUUGGGAAAGACAAUAUCAACAAUUGCACUCAUACUCAAGGAGAGACCUCCAUCUUGUAAGCCACAGUCAGUUGCUAUUAAAAAAGAAGAGUUAGAAACCCUAAAUUUGGAUGAUGAUGAUGAGGUUCGUGAGCUUGAUGGAAUGAAGCCAAAUGCUUAUCAUUCUAAAGUUCUGUCAAGUUACACUGAAAUGAAUAAAUUGAAUUGUCUGGGGCAAGCAAAGGGAAGGCCAACUGCUGGAACCCUUGUUGUCUGUCCCACAAGUGUCCUUCGGCAAUGGGCUGAGGAGUUGCAUAAUAAGGUGACUGGUGAAGCUAAGCUAUCUGUUUUGGUAUACUAUGGAAGCAAUAGGACAAAGGAUCCUUAUGAGCUGGCAAAGUACGAUGUUGUCCUCACAACAUAUUCGAUUGUAAGCAUGGAAGUACCUAAGCAACCUCUCGUUGAUGGAGAUGAUGAUGAAAAGAGAAAGGCUGAAGGGAAUGGUGUUACACUCAUGGGGUUUUCAUCCGGUAAGAAAAGGAAGUACCCCCCUGGUGCUGGUAAAAAAUGUUCUAAACACAAAAAGGGGCUGGACAGUUCACUGCUUGAGUCUGUUGUUCGCCCUCUUGCAAAGGUGGGAUGGUUUAGGGUUGUCCUAGAUGAGGCACAAAGUAUUAAGAAUCACAGAACUCAAGUAGCACGGGCCUGUUGGGGUCUUCGUGCUAAACGAAGGUGGUGCUUAUCAGGGACUCCAAUCCAAAAUUCUAUUGAUGAUCUUUACAGCUAUUUUAGAUUCUUAAGAUACGAGCCUUAUGCUGUCUACAAGUCAUUCUUGUCUACAUUAAAGAUUCCAAUUAGUAAGAAUCCAGCAAAAGGGUACAGAAAGUUGCAAGCUGUUUUGAAGACAGUAAUGCUACGUCGUACAAAAGGCACACUUCUUGACGGGGAACCAAUUAUCAACUUACCUCCCAGAUUGGUAGAACUUAAAAAAGUGGAUUUUACGUUGGAGGAACGUGAUUUUUACUCCAGAUUAGAGAGUGACUCACGUGCACAGUUUAAAGAAUAUGCCGAUGCUGGAACUGUCAAACAAAAUUAUGUAAACAUUUUGUUGAUGCUCUUGCGCCUUCGUCAAGCUUGUGAUCAUCCUUUUCUUGUUAGGGGGGUGGAUUCAAGUUCUAUGUGGACAUCCUCCAUUGAGAUAGCAAAGAAGCUUCCUCGAGAUAAACAAAUUUAUCUUCUGAGUUGUUUAGAAGCUUCCUUAGCAAUUUGUCACAUCUGUAACGAUCCACCUGAAGAUUCUGUUGUCUCAGUCUGUGGUCACGUUUUUUGUAACCAAUGCAUCUGUGAACAUCUUACUGGUGAAGACAACCAUUGCCCAGCCAUUAACUGCAAAGUUCAGCUCCGUGUGGCUUCGGUGUUCUCCAAAACGAUAUUAAACAGUUGCAUCUCCAACCAGCCCGGUCAAGAUCAGUCUUCUGAUGGUUCAGGCCCCGAGCCUGUGGAUGCUCUCGAGUGUUCUGAACGGUCCCCAUAUGAUUCUUCAAAAAUCAAGGCUGCUCUUGAGAUCCUACAAUCACUGGCUAAACCUAUAGAUAAGGCAUCAACUAAAGAUUUCUUACAGAGCUCUUCCAAUAAAGAUACUGAUUGUCCUGAAAACACAUACGAUACUGGCGUUACACCUAAUCCUAGCCCUGAUAAUUCAGUUAGGGCAGUGGGAGGGAAAGCCAUAGUAUUUUCUCAGUGGACAAGAAUGCUAGAUUUGCUUGAAACUUGUCUUAGCAAUUCCUCCAUUCAAUAUAGAAGACUAGAUGGAACAAUGUCUGUUGUGGCUAGAGAUAAGGCUGUGAAGGAUUUUAACACUCUCCCUGAGGUUACUGUUAUGAUUAUGUCUUUGAAAGCUGCUAGUCUUGGAUUGAACAUGGUUGCUGCUUGUAAUGUUGUUCUGCUGGACCUGUGGUGGAACCCUACUACUGAAGAUCAGGCAAUUGAUCGAGCACAUCGUAUUGGACAGACACGUCCUGUUAAAGUUUUGCGGUUAACUGUGAAAGAUACAGUUGAAGAUCGUAUUUUAGCUCUUCAGCAAAAGAAGAGAGAGAUGGUUGCAUCAGCAUUUGGAGAGGAUGAAACUGGCAGUCGCCAGACUCGCCUCACCGAAGAGGACUUGCAAUACCUCUUUAUGGGCUGAAGGAAUUUCAACAUCUGGUGGAUAUUUUUGCUAUAUGCUAACCAUAUACCAUGUACAGGUUCAUUUUUGGCAAGUUCAGACUGCCUGGUUUCACAGAUAUUUUUGUCAGACAUUGAUUUGCUACUACAGGAGUAACACAGAGAGAAGUUGCUGUCCACAGGUCGAUCAAAUGAAUAGUCCAGAGAGAGAAUACCAUUGAUGUUAUUCAUUUUUCUAUCUUUUAAAGUCUUAGGCAUUAAUCUCUUUUUCAUUUUCAUCUACCAAUUAUAUUGUAAAGGACGCGUAGGUCAGUGGUUCAGAGCAGGAAAAAGAAUAUAGUUGAAUAGAUAUACUUCUCAGCCCCAACUGUAAAUGAUAGUAAUUGGUUAUCUUCUUCUCUUCUUUCUCGUGUUAUUUUUCAAAUACAACAUUUUUGUUUUCCAA